UGCUGCAUUAGUCGGAACAGAACUGAUUAUUAUAGCAUCAGAUCAUUUACUUAAAGGGGUCAUAUGAUGCUACAUGCACUUUUACAAGGUGUUUGAACUGAAAUUUGUGUUGGCGAUGUGUACACAACCACCCUAAAAAUCCAAUCGGGGUUUUGGGGUUGGUAGAAUUUGUUUUUUCCAUGUAGAUAAAAAGUCAGUUAAGUAUCUGACUGGCCUGAGGUUAAUACUGAGAUAUCUGUUUAUAGCUUUACAUGCCAGUUAGAAUCUCAUUGGUUGAACAAAAAACUGUCAAAGCAGAAUUCACACAUUCAUCAUCAUGUGAGAAGACUAUUUGAUACUGCUGCUUAUGCAUUCGUGAACACUUAAUGUGUUCAAUUUGUGAGGAAAUUACACCCUUUCUCACUUCUACUGCAGCAUCAGUGAUCAGAUGAGACCAUGAAGCGGUUUGUACUGUAUUUCUCUGCUGUCUGGAUAUUGUGCCGCUGCUGCUGUCUUGUCUGUGGCAGAGAUCAAGGUGUGUGCAGUGUAGAGAAGCUCAUUACCAGAAUCAAUUUAACCACAGAACUACAGUCUGAAAUCCUGCUGCCGUGCCUUUUUAAACCAGCUCUCACUGGAUCAAACCUGGACAUGAAUUCAAGUGCUGUGUGGGCUCAGAUUACUGAAAACACUGACGCCAUUGUAGAGAUCAAAGUAAAUGAUCAUGAAAUGUUCUGGAAUAACAGAGGCAAUAGAAUUAAGGCAUUCGGUGCUGCUGCUGCAUCUGGAAACUUCUCCAUCCUGAUUGAAGAUGUGCAGCUGUCUGAUCUGGGGCUCUACCGCUGUGAACAUUUCAGAGAUACCAACUGUUCUCUGGGCUAUAAAGAGAUAGAAAUCAGUCUGGCUGCUGUUACAUUAUCACCGCUCAAUAACUGGCAGCUCAUAGUUGCUGCAGGAGGAGGAGGAGGAUUUCUGCUUUUCUGUCUGAUCACUGUGUGUGUUUACUGUACAUGGACAAAACGACAAACAGUUGAUGCAUCAGUCAACCACACAUCACACAAUUGUCAUGACAGUGAAGGACAAAAAAAUGAUGAAAUAACCUAUGCGUCAGUUGUUCCUAAGUCACACAAUUGCCAUGACAGUGAAGGACAAAAAAAUGAUGAAAUAACCUAUGCAUCAGUUGCUCUUAAAUCACACAACUGCCAUGACAGUGAAGUUCUUCUGAAUAAUAAACCUGUAAAAGGCUCUGCAUCAGAAACCAUGGUCAACCCAGAGACGGUCCUUUACUCUACCCUCAAGCAAAGAGAGGGAAGAUGAGCAAGUGAGCAGCAAAACAGACAAAUUAAAGCACUCAAGAAAUAGACUAUAUUUUUAUGGAACUCCCAGCUUCUAUUGUUUGAUUUUAUUUGACAAGAAAUACUAAAUGUUUGAUAUUGUUACAGUAACUCAUUAACAUCAUUAGGACAUUUUCUAAAGCACUAGGGAAACCAAAGUAAACUAAUUCAUACCCUUGUAGUUGUAAUUGUGGAAAGAGUCUAAUAUAUAUCCUUCAUGUAUAUUGGCUUUAUAUUUAUCUCUUGGUUGUUUUUUGUAAUUUUAUAAUAUAUAAUUUUCUUGGCUCAGCUGCAUGAGGCUUGGUUGUUGUAACUAUAGAUGAAGAGUGUGAAACUAAACUCAGCUACUUUAUCACCUAAACCACUGAAUUCUUUGCAGACAACGUGACAGAGCCUCACAUGCAACAGUAAGACAGGAUAAACUGUGUCUGUGUCUAUGAGUAGUUAGCUACUCGAGGCCAAGAUGCUCACAGGAAACGAGUGGAAAUUCUCAUAUCCAUCAGCUUCUUCACAAAUAAGUUAUAGCUUCUGUUUUGUCACAUAGUGUGAAAAGUUGUGUGAAAAUACUUGAGAUAAAGCUCGUAAGCUCGACAAUUGUCAAUUGUGCCAGUACAUUAGAUUUACAAUAAACCUGACUUGAAAGAACAGUUGUUGAACUAUUCAAUUCAGAGGCAUCAUGCCCAUUCAACCCGAGCCAAGUGGAUUUUGAAUUCAGCUUGCAAAAGACAAAAAAUAGCUGAUUAAUAUUUUUUUAAUGAAUAUAUUUGAUUAGAACAUUCAGUGCGUCACAUCACCAGCUGCUAAAUUCAUAACUUUGUUCGCUGGCUGCCACUGAGCCAGACACAGAUGUGUUUUAGAGCUCUGCGCACUAUAACCAAUCACACACGAUUCUGAGCUUAUGAAUGCAAUAGCCAAUCAGAAGCGUUCUGAUGAGUCAUCACUGUAACUCCUGUUUUCAGUGUGCACGCUCACUUACUGAAUUCUCUCAUCAGAAACAGCAAAGUGCAUACGAUGCAAGUAAGAUAUGCAUUUCACAGUGUAAACGGCUUCAGUGAUUAAAAUGAGAGAUUUUGAGAGUGCUUAAACUCUGGUUAGACUGAAAUUGUGAUAAUGAAAUUAUAAUGUUAUUUGGUAAUGUAGCCUAAAUGUUCUUUACUAUCUUUCUGUGCAAUGAAAGUGUAAUUAGUAACUUGCAUUGUUUUUAUUAAAUUCACUUUAAUUACAAUGUCAGUCACAUUAAAAAUAUGUUAUGGCAUGACACCAUCAAUAUGUGGUAGCUAUGUAAAAAGAUUACUAGUGGUGUUUCGUCCAUAUAAGAUGUGAAUUAUCUGCAUACCCAGGCCAUUUAAGAGAAUAAGUUCAUGUGAUAAUUACAAUAAACAUGAUUAUAUAAUGAUACAAGACAAACUAAAAUAUUUUGUCAAAUAAGAUAAAUUAUGAACUUUUUUAAAUACAAUAAAGGUGUUUUUGAUAAAUUAACAAAAGUUCUUUACUUUUCUUGAAACAAUACCUUCUAAACAUUAAACAUUCACUGUCCGUCUUUAUUCACCUCUUCCUUGUGGUUUCUCAUUACAUUUCACUAAACUAAAUAGUGUAAAUUGCAUUGCUAAUGUCAAAGAAUAGAACAUUUUAUUCAAUGUUACAAGGUGCUCCAUCUGUGCAACUGGAAUUUAA